AACAGCAGGCUGCAAGAACACAGGGUAUUUUAUGUUUGAAUAAAAGGAACAAAGAAAUAAGAAAAAAAGGAGCGGCAAUGCAGGUCUUAGUCUACUUAACCAUACUCUUCCUUUCAGUUCUAAAAGGUAGUGUGAUUUCUGAAAAUGCAAAGGCACCCACUGAUUACAAGAUGGUAAGACAGGGGCAAAGUCUCAUGCUGAGCUGCACCUAUAACUGCUCGGCUGGAUUUGUCCGCGGCUCCUGGAGGACAGAGUCUGAUAUCGCUCCUUGUAACACAACUAAAAGUAAUGACAGCUUUUGCACUGUGUCCAUCUGCCUAUCAAACAUUUCUACUCAUGAUACAGAGAAGAACUACAGUUGCUACACAGAAGACACAGAGGACCCUAAUCUCACAAAAACAACAGUUCACACUGUUUUCCUUCGACUUCAAGCUCAAGACACUGUCCCAAAAUGGACAAGUAACCCAAACAAUCUUCUUGAAAAUACAUCGCUUCCUACUGAAUCAGGGACUUCAAACAGAGGACAGUUUAAUGUAAUGAAGGUUUUGGCAGCGGUAACCGUCACAGUGGCCAUGGUUCUUGCAGCUUUGGCCAUCUUCUUGUGCGUAAAUCGCAACAAGCCCAUCUGGAAGGGUAGAGGGGAGCGGGUUGUGUCCAAAUCAUGCUCAUCUCAAUCCCCAAAUGCUGUCCUCCUACCAGUAAAAGGGACGCUAUCAACACAAAGUGAGAAAAUAACCUUACGAAUUCCUCUGCCUGACAAUGAGGAGGACACAGAGGUUCCAUAUGCAGACAUAAUGAUCACCGUCCGAGGGGUCAGUACACCCGAGCUCACUAAGGUUGGCUACUUAGGAACAGGAGAGUGGCGGGGAGAUGAACCAAGAUGCCACCUGCAGGCCUCGCGUUCAGCUGACAGACUGCAUGUUCCCCAGCCCAGAGAGGUCAGCCGCAAGAUGAGCACCAACUCUGAGUAUGCGGUUAUCACAUAUGCCUGACCAUAAGCACUUCAGCCUGCCUUUCACUGGACCAUGUGGUCCAGGAAGCAUCCACCGUACCUCGGUAAAUUUUCCAAUCACAUUUCAGAAACUUACAUUUAACUGUGUAAACCGUGAUUCAAAUACUCCUGUUAAUGCUUUUUGCAAGGUCUAUUAAAUCAAGUGCUGCUUAAAAUGCAGAGGUGAUAAAACGCAAAUAGAGAGUAAUCAUGGACAACAGAGCACAGGUUCUUUCUUGUUUUUCUGAUGCUUUUCACUCUGACAACACCAGGCCUACAUAUGGACAACAUGCAUUAAGUGUAUAAGAUGAUUCAGUUAAGUUUUAAUGCAUUCUUUUUAUCUUCACAUGGAUCAUUCUAAAGGGACAAAUAAUUAUACUUGAGAAAAAAACGUUUCAAAGAUGGUUUUGUACAAUUAAAAGACAAACCCUGAACAAAUUUUUGAAAGACCAAAUCCUCUUUCUGCUUAUUUGGAGUUUCAAAAUCUUACAUUAAAAAAAGAGCUUGCAUUAAGCCCCUAAAAUACUCACAACAUAAUAUGUUUGUGCCAAUCCACAUGCAUUCUGAGUUGUCUUUUCUUGGGAUUUUGUAGAAGCAGCAUUUUGUUCACAUAACCUCUGUGCCAGGGAUACAUUAGCCUACACACAGCUAUUUCAGCACCCAGUAGAGGCUUAUUGUGCAGGUCUGCUGUAAAGGGAGGAUGGAAAAUAGAUACUUAUGCAUCUUCUCUGGUUAAAAUGUUGUAAAUGUUCUUGUUAGUCUUGUGCAAAAAUAAAAUAAAAUAAAAAAACAGGGAGACCUAUUUUGCUACAGCAGAUAAACAGCUAAAAAUAAAACUUCUUGAAUAAGGAAAUUGGGCAAAUAAACAUUUUUUUAAAAUCAGGAUUGUGUAAAUAAUCAAGAUUGUCUUUAAACAAAAUUGUGCCAAUCUGAUAACUGAAUAACUGCAAGAAAAACUAACUGAUUGUAAAUUAAAUAUAAAUGUAAAUACAUUAAAUGUUUCAGCAGAUGAAAUCCACAUGUAUAGCACAUUGUUAAUACAGCGUUUUAUGUCUAGUAAAAGUUCACGAUAUUUAUGAUAAGUUGUAUUUACUCUUUCAAACCUGAAAGCCCCAAGUUAAGCAAACCGUGAUUUUUUUAUGUUAAUCACAAUGAAGUACAUGAUAAUUUUGUAGAAGUAGACUUGAAAAUUCAGAAAACAACUUGUUUUUGUGUGGAUACGAUCCUCCAUUAUGAGAAGUUUUGUUUUGUUUUGGUGUUCUUUGAACAAAUCCAGGAUUACCGCAGUUACCUAUUGUUUAAAAACAUCUUAAAUUACUCAUUUUCUCUUUUUCAAUAAAAAAAAGAAAAUGGGGAUAAUCAAUAAUCAUUUUUUCAUUAAAAGCUAUGUUAUGUUCAUCUUAUACAAUUGUGAAAGUCAUUUUUUGUAAUAUACGCUUUAGUAUUA